GAUAUAAAUAGGGGGACUGUGUGGGGAGUUUCAUCAUCACCAGUACUUUAACAAAGAAUUAUUUCCUAGAAAAAAAAGAGAGAGAGAGAAUUGAAGAUGAGCGGCAUAGCUGAAAGAUGGAGGGUCCUAAGUGGGAGUGAUAACUGGGAAGGGCUGCUAGACCCUUUGGAUUCGGAUCUCCGCCGCUACCUCAUUCACUAUGCAACCAUGAUUGCACCCGUGAGCGAGUCUUUCAUAAACGAACCAGCUUCCAAAAAUGUGGGGUUACCGCGAUAUGCCAGGAAAAACCUCCUUGCCAGGACAGGAGUUGUCAAGGGAAACCCUUUCAAAUAUGAAGUGACGAAAUACUUCUAUGCACCAUCAACAAUAAAAACCCCAGAAGCAGGAUAUAAUGUGAGGGCGGCGCGGUCUGAUGCGGUGCUAAAGGAAUCAAACUGGAUUGGAUAUGUUGCUGCGGCGACGGAUGAAGGAAAGAUUGCAUUAGGGCGGAGAGACAUUCUGAUUGUUUGGAGGGGAACAAAGCCAAUAUCAGAAUGGAAGGCCAAUUUUACAUUCUCUUUAGUCAAAGCUCCCUUAAUCUUUGGCCAACAUUCUCUUCCUCUCGUGCACACGGGUUGGUACGAUAUGUAUACCACCAUCAAUCAAGAUUCAGCAUUGAAUCAAAAGAGUGCCAGAGAUCAGAUUCGAGAAGAAGUUGCAAGACUUAUUGAAUUAUACAAGGGCGAAGAAAUUAGCAUAACUGUGACAGGGCACAGCUUGGGUUCAGCUCUUGCAACACUGAAUGCAGUAGAUCUAGCUGUCAAUCCAGUCAACAAAAACCAGCAGGAUAAUAAUGUUCCUGUCACUGCUUUCUUCUUCGGAGGCCCCAAAGUAGGGGACCAGAAUUUCAAGGAUGCUUUUUCUAAUCAAGGGAAUCUCCGAGGCAUGCGAAUCUCGGACGUCAAUGAUCUUGUCACAAUGGUUCCCUGGGGUUCCCAAGUUGGUGGUAAGAACAUACUUUACGAAGCUGUGGGAGUGGGUUUCAUAAUUGAUUCUAAGAAGUCGGAGUAUUUGAAGCCUGGCCUCGACAUCAUGGUCCAUCACGACUUGAUGUUUCAUAUGCAUGGAAUUGAUGGAUUCCAAGGGUCUCGGGGAGGGUUUGAACCUAAGGGAGACUUUGACAUUUCCAAACUUAACAAGUAUCGCCAGGGUUUGAAGGACGAGUAUCAUGUGCCAGUGGCGUGGAUGAACGUAAAGGAUAAAGGAAUGGUUCAACAGGAAGACGGAACUUAUAUUCUGGACGACCAUGAGGUGGACGAAACAUUUUAAGUACAACUGUUUCACGUAGUGUAUGUUUGAAUAAAGUCUCCAUGACCCUUAGCUUUAUGGUAUUUAGUCGUUGUGCUUUCAAUAAGAUCGGAGGCAACUAGCAGCUUGUGGCUAGUUGUCUACCUGAAUGUAUGCAUGUGUGUUAGAAUUUGUUUGUUAGUUUUGGAAUUAUAUUAUGUCUCAAUGGUAUGAUAUCGUGUUUCUCUGACGUAAA